GUAACCCGGCACCAAAGCGGUUCACAGCAGAGCGAGCCAAACCGGAGAUUGGGCUGAAAAAACUCUUGAAAAUCUAUUUGGAAAUCACUCUGCUGGUUGUGUAUUGCCAGGUUGCUAAGGGCAUACAACUUUUAAAAAGUGUGUAGAGCACGUGGAGAUGGAUAACACAUAUAGGGCAUGAAUAAACAAUGAUAAGUGAUUGCAGGGUAACAGCAGGGGAAAAGAGACCUUUGGAUAAAUAGUGCAGAGUAGUGAUUUGAUUUCUGUAAUUGUCAGUCAUACACACUGAUGAUUUCUGAGAAGAACUCAAGAAGUUGUCAAAUUCCCUGUAGCUCUACUUUUAAGUCCUUCUCACUCAAUGCCAUACACAGUAGUUCUUUAAAGCAAUUAUAUUUUUUAACAUUUCUGGCUUAUUUCAGAUUGCUGUGCUCAUUGUUACUCCCUGCAUUAUUUCUAAGUGGAAUUUUGUGCAUCUGCUUGGUGGUACUGCUGUGGGGAGUGCGACUGUGGUUACAAAGGAAGAAAGAGUUGAGCUCAGCAGGAGGAGAUGGGAAGCGGCCACUGCUGGUGGCCUUUUUUCACCCGUAUUGCAACGCAGGAGGUGGAGGGGAGAGAGUCUUGUGGUGUGCCAUAAGAACGCUACAGAAGAAGUACAGGAAUGUAACGUGUGUUGUUUACACUGGUGAUAGAGAUGCCACUGGAGAAGAAAUAAUUGAAGGCGCUUUCAGAAGAUUCAAUAUUAAGUUAAUUCAUCCUGUGAAGUUUGUAUUUCUAAAAAAACGUUUCCUUGUGGAAGCUUCUCUUUAUCCUCACUUCACUUUGCUGGGACAAAGUUUAGGAUCGGUGUUCCUUGGCUGGGAAGCUCUUCUAAAGUGCGUUCCUGAUGUUUAUAUUGACUCAAUGGGUUAUGCCUUCACAAUUCCCCUCUUCAAAUACCUAGGAGGUUGUCGUGUUGGAUGCUACGUCCAUUACCCCACUAUCAGCACCGAUAUGCUCUCUGUCGUGAGGAAUCAGGAUACCAGGUUUAACAAUGCUGCCUUCAUUACAAGCAGCCCUCUCUUCAGCAAAUUUAAACUUGUCUACUACUACUUCUUUGCUUUCAUGUACGGCUUGGUUGGUUCUUGCAGUGAUGUGGUAAUGGUGAAUUCUUCUUGGACACUGAAUCACAUCCUUUCCCUCUGGAGAGCUGGGGCGUGCACCAGUGUUGUGUAUCCACCAUGCGAUGUUCAGACUUUCCUGGAUAUUCCACUGGAAGUGGAAAAGAGCACCAGUGAAUAUUCCAUUGUUUCUGUCAGCCAGUUCAGGCCUGAAAAAGAUCAUCCUUUGCAAAUCAGAGCCUUUGCUAAAUUGCUGAAAGAGAAAAGAGUGGGGCAGCAGCCAUCACUGAAGCUGAUUUUAAUUGGCGGCUGUCGUAACCAGCAAGAUGAAGAGCGUGUAAAGAAGCUGAAAUGUCUGUGUGAAGAGCUAGGAGUUAGUGAUGAUGUGAUGUUCAGGAUUAACAUUCCCUUUGAGGAGCUGAAGAGACACCUGGCUGAGGCCACCAUUGGCCUGCACACCAUGUGGAAUGAGCACUUUGGGAUCGGCGUAGUUGAAUGUAUGGCAGCUGGCACAGUUAUCCUGGCUCACAAUUCUGGUGGCCCCAAACUGGACAUCGUGGUACCCCAUGAAGGACAUGUUACAGGCUUCCUAGCAGAAGAUGAGGACAGCUAUGCAGAGACAAUGGCUUUUAUCUUUUCUUUGUCUCCUGAGAAAAGACUGCAGAUCAGAGAAAACGCUCGUCGCUCUGUGCACAGGUUUUCUGACCAGCAUUUUGAAGACACAUUCCUGUUAUCUGUGGAGCCGUUAUUUAAAUAAGUGUAUAUAAGUAAAAAUGAACAUGAGUAAAAUUUUUAUAUUUGACUGUGUGGCACGUGUAAAUAUAUCUAAGCUAUAAUCUCUUGGUUCCAUUAAAUAAAAAGGUUUUUUCUUUCUGUCAGGCUGCUUUAUGUAACAGAGACUUUUUCUCCUGUGAAAGAAAUGCUUCUAUGCUAACUACAUGAGAGUAUGGUGCACUUAAAAGCCUUAUGGAUUCACAAGCCAUGACAGUGCUUCGGGAGCAGAACUACAUCAAGAAGUUCUUUUAUUUAUCAGGAGCCUCUUUUAGUUACUGAAUAUUUUCAGUCUUUACCUGUUUCUUGACUCUCUACCUGCAGUCAUACUUUUUAAAGUCAACAUUUUUGUUUUA